CGUGCACUGUUGGUCUGCUCGCGGUUCGUUGCGUUAGUCAGUUUGUUUCGUGUAUAGCCACGAAAAUUGUUGGCACUUGUAUUUGCGCCGGGAGAUGGUUAAUCAUUAAGUCUCAUCAGUUGCCACAAUAAACUCUUAGUAUUUAAUGUUGAGAGGAGCAAGUGAUCAAUUCAAUCUAGUGUAUAAAAACAAAACAUUAAAUUUUACUACGAUCUCUUCCACAUACGAGUGACAAUCGCGAGAAAUGUAACCGUGUCGUGACGUCACACGGCUAAUCAAGUGCACACACGUACACCAACACCGUAACCAUCGAGAGACAGUGCGCGCGCGCAUACGCAUGUAUUUUAUUCGACAACACGAAGAAAAAGCGAGAAAUCGGCUAUGAAAUAGGCUGUUAUGCACGUGUAAUCGGAAGUUGAUUUGUUCACGGGCACUGGACGACAUUGAAGCUUCUUCGGACUCCAGUGAUCAACAAAGUGACGAACAAGGGAACAAAAAAGAAGGAAGAAAGAGUGCUAAGUAAGGUUGUGUUGGUUUCGGAGCUGAAAAUAACGGAGAAAAAGAAAAUAAAUCAUCAUGGGUCCAGUAAAAUUUGAAGAAUAUUUUUUCCUUUUGUGUUGAUGUGGAAAGAAGCUAUUGAAACAGUUCUUGAGUAAAAUAUACACGUGCAUUGGAUAUAUUAACUACGUCGUCGUCAUUUGCUACCGUUGCUGCUGCUGCUGAUGCUGAUACGAGAGUGAACAUCUCGUGGCGCCCCGCGGUGUUUUUCGACGAGAAACUGUCCAUAACCUACGCGAACCGGCAAAAAGGAGAGACGUCUGUUUCGCUCGUUGCGAAAUGCCAUUACAAAAAUUUCGUCCAUGCAGUUGUGAUUGAUCCAAAGUGAAAACAAUUUUCCUACCUUGAAAUAAAAGGUAAAAACAACUUGUAGCAUUGGGACGGACCAACAGGCAUAGAAAUAAAAGAGAAAGAGAUUAUCCAAAUGGCUCUGCAGGAUAUCAUUUCCAAUGGACGAAAAUGUAAACCAAGUUGUUAUUGGCAUCCAAACGUAGACCUUAGAAAGUAAUAAUUAGGCGAUUAUUCGGGGGACAAAAGAAGAAAAUAGAAGGAGAAAUUUUGUGGUUACAAGUCGUCGAAAGUGACAGGUCCCUUCAUCAUUGUACCUGUCCAUCGACGUCAAUGUCACCGCCACCGCUGCCUUUGUCCCUGUUCAUUCGAAGAUAAAUCGCUUUAGUGAAGUGUUGUAGUUGUAAAAGUAGUUUAGUUCAACAUCUGUUAUCGUAUGCAAAUUUAAAUUGAAGAGGUAGUGGUGGUGGUUAUAAAAUAUAUAACUAAACAUCACCAGGAAAAGAUAUUUGUUAAAUAAAAUAAUUUACGUCCACUCUUCAUAAUAUUUAUUGGCCAUAUGAGUCUUCCACGAGGUGGAGUAGCAACUUCCAAUUAUUGAAGUGGUAGUUAAUGAUCUCUUUACUUCCUCAGUUCCUGUGAUAGUGUACAAUGAGCGUUUCUUAGAAAGAUUAUUUCAAGAAUAAUUCAAUUGGAUUGUCAUUUUUAUCAUAAAUAGAAAGUGAAAAAUUGGUGUCAUAGUGAAGUUAACAAAAAAAUAAAGGUGACUUGUGGUGAAGCAAAAAAGUGAAAUUAAAAGUGGAAUUUCAGUGUAAUUAAUAAUUAAUUAAUUAAUAUAUUAAUAUAAAACAUUAUUUUGCCAUUUUAAAAACGGAGAAUUUGCAAGGAUUUCAUUCUCAGUCUACUCCAAAUGACAGGAGGAGACGUAUAUCAAGCAUUGCUGUUAAAGAUGAAUCUGGAACUGGGGAAUUACAAGACCCAUUGGGGGUUAAAAUGAAUGCGAUAACUGGUGGCGUCACGAAGAAAAGGAAGAAAUCAGAUGCCAAGCCUCAGUCACAAAUUAAUAAGUGCCUUAAUGAAAAAAGACGACGCUACCAAGAAAACGAGUUCAUCGAAGAGCUUGCCGUGCUGAUCUCCUCUACGGACAUGAGCUCUGGCAAGACUGAUAAGUGUCAAAUUCUCCAGAGAACCGUCGAUCAGAUUCGGCACUUUAAGCGACAAGAGGGAACUAAUAGUCAUGCCGUUCAACAGGGUGAAGUCUCCUCCUCGAAUCCUAGUAUAUUAUCUAAUGAUCAAGUUGGACCCAUUUUGCUCGAGGCUUUGGAUGGUUUUCUAUUCGUCGUGAACUCGGAGGGUCGCGUGGAGUACGUUACUGAUAAUAUACAACAGUAUAUAAAUUAUACCAAGGAUGAUGUGCUCGGGAAGGAUAUUUAUAAUAUUAUUCAUCACGGUGACCAUCAAGCCUUUAUGCCCAGCUUAAUGCCCAUGUCAAUAGGGUGGACGAAUGAGCCUCAGCUUCAGUCAAGAAAUCGUACUUUUAACUGCCGUUUUCUCGUAAAACCUCCCGAUGAUCAAGACGAGACUAUGGAAGAGAAGCAGCAGCGUGUAUCGCAAUAUGAAUCAAUGCAAAUAUGUUCUGCGCUUCUUCCAAAUCCCAGUGAACAUUUAGAAAAUAGUGAUGUAUCGUCUGAAUCGUCCGACAUCGGGUCUUGCGUAAUGUGCGUUGCACGUAGAAUUUCUUUUACUGAAAAGCCAAUUAACACUGCACCAAUUCAUCAAUUUACUAUUAAAUUGGAUACUACGGGUAGGAUUAUUGCAGUGGAUAUUAGUAAUCUUCCAAUUCCAUAUUCUCAGUACAUUCGCAAGGAUUUACAUGGCACUACUGUCCACGAUUUGUGUCAUCCGAAUGAUCUCAGUAAAUUUACUGCUCAUUUGAAGGAUACAGUACAAUUUGGUGAAGGAGAAACAUCCAUAUACCGACUGCGUGUUAAUUCUGAUAAAUGUUUUAACGUUCAAACCAAGUCAAAACUAUUUAAAGCAAACGCGAUGAAUGUACACGAGACAGAUUUUAUUCUGUCUACUUAUUCAAUAAUUGGGGAUAAUGACUUAACACCUAGCGAGGGUGGUCAGCUUUCCAACAGCAAAGUGUGCUCAGGACACUCUAGUAACCAUUGUGCGAAUAAUAAUAGUAAUAAUGCCGGUAAUAAUAACAAUAAUGUGGGUGGUCCAUUAAUGUCCGUGGCUCAUGUGAAUGGUCAAGUGAGUGGUUUAAGCGGUCGAUCCUUAACGACAACAACGAAUCAAAGUGGUCCCUUCGGUUCGAGUGAUUCGUGUAAUCCGUUAAGUUCGCAAAACUCUAAUAACCCAUUCAACCAUUUCUCGUCAAAUGUGGACUUGGAAUUUGAACUAUUUCCAAAUUCCUCAUGGGACUUGGAUAGUAGCAGCGGAUGUGCUGAUAGACCCGAGUCAAGAAAUACCGGUCCACCAAACUCACGACCACCUUCCCAGCCAGCCCCAUCAUCAAGUCCUCAAGCAGCGUUCACCUCCAAUUCCACAGUGACGUCGCACUGCAGUCCUUUAAGGGCCUAUAGCCCGACUUCCAUGAUCGGUGCUCACUCCUUUAGUAAUUCCUUCCCAUUCAGUCCGCUUCAGGAUUCACAGACGUCUUUGCUCAGCGUUACGGGUGUGAUUAAUGGCAGUGUCAGUGGAGCAAGUGUUGGUACCAAUGCAUCCAUCGGUAAAGAUGUGCGAGGAUGUCCCACACCUAGCCACAGCAUCGACUCUAUUGGAUCAGCUGCGACAUCGUCGACAACAGGAACCUCAGCAACGCCGACAACAUCCACUGGUUCACCGACAGUCUCAUCAAUCAGUAGUGGUACCACGACACUAUCGUCACCAGGUUCAUCAACUUCUACAGCAAUGUCGUCAUUAUCAGGUACAACUGCGAGUCAGUCAACACCUACCACGACGACAAGUUCAACUGCGGUUACGCCUGUAUCAAUACCUGUGGCUACCACUACUAAUUUACUCUCAAAUGCCGAGUCCCAAAGUAGUUUGAGCUCCACAGGUGAUUCUGGUAGACUUAGAAAUCUAUUGACGAAGGGUGUGAGUGCUAAUAGCGAUGAUGCUCAGGACAGUACUAAUAAUGAAACUGAAAACCAAAAUGAUCAUAGAAUAUUAAAGAUUCUAUUGAAUGCACAAGAUGAUGAUGAAUAUCAUUCUGAACAUAGUGCUAAAGUAAGACCAUCACCAAGUAUUGUUCCUAAACCAGCUGUUGAACACUCCAAGUCUUCUCACAACAACAAUAUGCUUCUACAGCUGCUGAACGACAAAAAUGAUGAUGAUGAAGAUUCUCGUGCAGGCAUAAAGAAGCAAAAUGAACUCUUGCAGCAGUUGUUGAAAGAUCCUGAAGAAGAAAGAAAAAUGUUAGAACAAAAGAAUCGAGACGAUGACAACAUACUCAGAAGUCUCGGUUUCAAAUCUCCUCCCUCUUCUCAACCUGGAGACCAUACUCAUGGUAGUACGUCAACACAGAGUGGCCAAAAAAGGCCAGGAGAAGACGGAGAUUUAAAUAUGGCUGUUAAAAGACCGAUGGAUAAUUCUCAUCAAGUAUCGUCGUCGGGUAGCAGCACAUCAGGCCAGGGGACAAGUAAGCUGUGGGAGAAGAACAAAAUGUUAGCGUCUCUCUUGGCUAAGCAACCUCCUCAGCCAACAACUAUCCCACCAAUUCCUGCAUCUGUGAUAUCGGCAACUCCACAGGAUAAGUUGCCCCGUGUUGCUGACCGAUUGAAGCAGCAGCAGCAACAACAACAGCAGCAGCAGCAACAACAACAACAACAGCAGCAACAACAACAGCAACAGCAGCAACAACAACAGCAGCAGCAGCAGCAACCCCAACAACCCUGGACAGGAAGUGGAAUGCAAUCGGUUGGAAGUACCGCAACCACUACUGUUGCUACCUCCGCCCGAACUCCCUUCCAAAAUCAAUCGAGACUACCUCGCCAAGCAACCAAUAGCUACCUCAGUCACAUGCUAAGUCACGAGAGACCUCCAAUAGGUCAAAUGGAUUCGGAAUUCCCAAGCGCUGGUGUAGAAUUUCAUUCGUCCUCAGGAGAGUUAAAUACGUAUCAAUCAGAUCCAGCUUUAUCUGAGAUACUAGAUCAAGUAAUGGAAUUCGUGUCAGACGAAGGGAUUACAGACUCUUCAACAAUGGCUAAUCUCUUAGAUCCUAUAGAAGCACCUACAAACAAUCCUCUUAACGAAAAAAUGGCUAUUUGCGCUAUUCAAAAAUCAUUAAUGCUUUGUGAAACUGCCGUCAAUUCGACGUCUUCCACAAUAACAAUGCCAUCAACUCCACCAGCUUAUUCGUCUGCGUUGGGAAGUGCAACAUCUGUUACAACGGCUCACAAUUAUCAACCACCACCAAUGUAUCAACAACAGACAAGGGCGAGGUUUACUGGUCAGGCUGGAAUAAGACAACCAGCCGUACCAUUUACUCAACAACAGCAACAACAACAGCAGCAGCAACAGCAAUUACAAUUGCAACAUCAACGAACGAAAUUACUUCAACAACAGCAGUUAAAGCAACGUUUGUUACAGCAGCAACAACAGCAGCAAUUACUCAUACCAUCAAAUGCUACGGCACCUGAUCAAAUAACAGCGGGUAUUCAUAAUAUUGACAAUUUAUUAAAUAAUACUGUCGCACCGAAUGUAACGUUACAGCGAUCCAGUGUUUCGGACUCUCAAAUGUCGCCAGGGUAUGGAAGUUCCGUCCAGUUACCUUCUACUCAUCGCCUUACUCAUUCUUAUUCUCAUAUGCCAACAAUUACUCAACACCCUUCGGUUAAUAAUAAUUUCAACAGCGGUCAACCAGUGUCCGCAGCAUCUAGAUUAUCUCCACAUUCUCCCGCUGGAAUGUUGUCUUUACUAUCUCAUUCUCAACCCCUAUCUCCACGAGUUUCGCAAGGAAAUUACGGGAACAAUCCUAGAAUGUUCAACGUAAACCAAGCAAGGGCGCAACAGCAACAGCCAACAGCAGCUCAACAACAGCUUCAGCAGCAACGAUCCAUGCCAUCGCCUGGCACCGCAGUUCCGGCGCGGCAAUCUCCAUUUCCUGCCGAAGCAUUUCCUCCUCCUGCAUCACCAACCGCUAGCCAAUUUUCACCCGUUCCAAAUCCUGGUAAUUCCAAUCCUACUGCACAAUAUCGGCUUCAACGAGCAUCAUCAACGCCUUCAGCAACGACUCAACUGCCAGGUGGGGUAGGUUCUCCGCGACACUAUGGUGGUGUCAGCAAAGAUCAACAAGCCUUACUGUCUCCUAGUCAUCCUCGCGCUGGUUGUCCCACAACACCAACGCAUAAUCAACAUGCUGUGACGAAUAAUCAUUUUACGAAUCAACAACACUCUUCCAUGUUAUAUCGCAACACUGGCAGCAAUGUCAGUACCCCAGAUGUACAGAAUAAUCAAUUCUGUUACGAUCAGGGUUCCGUACCUGCCUAUGCAACGAGACCUGAGGACUCUAGGUCAUUGCCUUCUAGUAAUCCUGCCAGUCAUCAAAUGGGUGGCAAUAAUACUACGUCGGAGUUUGUACGGCAAGAAUUGAGAGCGGUUGUAGGAGCAAGAACUCAACAGAGAGUACCAAAUAAUAUCCAGAACAACCUCAUAGGACAAGUAUCUCAAGAGGAACUGGAAGCCCUUGGACUAUCAUUUGAAAUGUCUCCUGGUGAGGCUGUGGCUAGCGAUGGCCCUGCUAAGAGCUGGGCCAUUGGGAGUGCCGGAAACGCGCCCUUCUCCUCAAGGGGUACUAUGGAGGAAGUAGUACGAGGUGAUCCAAAAUCAUCCCUACUGCAGAAGUUAUUAUCCGAGUGACUGCAACAUAAUAAAAAUAUAUAUGUAAUAUAUAUAAUUAAAUUUAAAAUAAGUUUAACUAUACAAUGAUACACGCUAACUACUCCUGCGUCUGUACACAUUCUAUACGUAAAAAUAAAUAAUAACUGUACUAUAUGUAAUACUGUACUCAUAAAAACAGUAUAAAAAAUGCGUCACACCAAGUGCAUCACCAAUUGAUAGUUUUGCAAUAUCUUGAGUUAAAUAUAUUGAUAAUCAUAUGUUGAUUCAUUAAAAAAAAUUUUAUAAGUAAACCAAUUUAUUUUGUUUGUGAUUUUUUUUCUAUUAUUAUUAUAAUUAUAAUAAAUAUUAUAAAUAAACCAUUUAUCAUAGAUUUCUUGGAGAUUGUGAUAAUUGUUAUUCUAUUUAAUUUCAAUGGAGUUUGUAUAUAUUAAUUAAUGUC